GUCCAAGACAAGCUUCAGACUCUUUAGCACAUCGAUUCCUUGCCAGGAGAAAUGUGAAGAAAGUGCAGAAAGCCAGUCAUCGAGAAAACUGAAGGAGAAAAUAAGGAAGCGGCACUUACCUCCAUCUGAAGCUGUUGUUGAUUCAGAUUUGAGCAGUGAUAGUGAGUGUGAGGCACGACUGCGCCUGGCAGCCGUCACUGCAGCGGAUGUUGCAAUACAAGCCAAGCACAUGUUGGUGACACACAGACCUGGUGUGGUGGAGAUAGGGCGUGUGUCAAAAACACUAAGGGCCCGUAUACGGCAAGAGCAUGAUCAACAGAAGAAUAAUCGCGAGGAUGCUGAAGUUAAAACGAAAAAGAAGAAAAAGAAGAAGAAAAAGAAAAAGAUUAUGGCUACUGAGACAAGGUCUGGUGAAACCAGAAUUAAUCCUGAUUCCUCUCCAUCUACUUGUGAUACAAAAUGAGUUGCAAUGACUUUGUAUCCCAUGUCACAGCAUGGGAAUGAACCCAGAUGGUUAUAUAUCACGAGUGAACUGCUAGAAGUGCAGUAUUGAUUGUUAUAAUUACAUUGUAUUGUUUGCUUCUUCCCCUGUCCACUGCCUAACUGCCUCGUGUAUACACGUGUACGCUACACCUAUCUAUUGCCACGUGUGUCGCCAUCUAGUGGCUGACUAGGCUAUUCCAGACAUGUAUUACAACACUUAACAGGUAUCAUGUACAUAUCAAUACAUUACAUGUUGAAUAGCAUUGUAUAUUGUAUAUAUAAUGUAUAUUAUAUUGUUAUUGUAAGGUUAUAUAUAACAGUAAAUUUGAUGCCAAGCAUAAAUAAUAGUGAAACGUAGCAAAAGCACGAGUUUUAUCAGUUAUAUUAAACAGAGAUGAUCAUUUUCUUUGAAUUUGUGCGACAUUCAAAUGCAUUUGGUUUUCUUUGCUCACAGCUUUAUUUGUAAGAUCACUGUCGAUUUGUACAUUGGGAAAAAGUAUAUGAAAAUAUACUAAAACAGUACAUAAAUGUGUAUGUAAAUAUGGACAGACCAAUAAACUACUUUUACAAUAUAAUGUGCCUAAAAAA